GGUGUUGCUUCCAGCCUUUGUCCUGUGUCUGAAGUAGAAUCAGUGUGUGUGUGUGUGUGUGAAACGGUGACAGAGACAGGCCAGCAGCCAUGGAUGAUGUAUAUAAAGCAGCGGUUGAGAACUUAACAGAAGAGCAGAAAAAUGAGUUCAAGGCAGCGUUUGACAUCUUCAUCCAGGAUGCAGAGGAUGGCUGCAUCAGCACCAAGGAGCUGGGGAAGGUGAUGAGGAUGCUGGGCCAGAACCCCACCCCUGAGGAGCUGCAGGAGAUGAUUGAUGAGGUGGAUGAAGAUGGGAGCGGGACAGUAGACUUUGAUGAGUUCCUGGUGAUGAUGGUGCGCUGCAUGAAGGAGGAGAGCAAAGGAAAAUCAGAGGAAGAGUUGGCUGAGCUGUUCCGCAUGUUUGACAAGAAUGGAGAUGGCUAUAUUGACUUGGAUGAGCUGAAGGCCAUGUUAGAGUCAACUGGUGAGGCCAUCACAGAGGAUGAUAUUGAGGAGCUGAUGAAGGAUGGAGACAAAAACAAUGAUGGCAAAAUUGACUAUGAUGAGUUCCUGGAAUUCAUGAAGGGGGUUGAGUGAUGUAUCACACAGCUGCAUCCUCAAACCCUCUACUAGCUUAACACCACCUGACAUCAUUCCCUGGACACCUUGGACGACGUAUAAAUAAAAAUAACCUUCUUAA